AUGAGUUGUCGCGGCCAUGGGUGCGAAGGGCGCUCGAUCCUGGCCGCACCACCUCACUCCUCCGCUCUAUACGUCCAACGACCAUGCCUCCGGGCUCACACAGUCGAACUGGAUGGUCUCUGGCAGCAAUGGUAUGAACGUCAGGUUGCUGGUUUCGAGUUAAUCAGAGCCCAGACCAAGACCGGACAGGCUGCUCAACAAAGCUGGGAGCUCUUGCAGCGUGCCAAGGACGUUCAGAACCUGUCGGAGUGGCAGAAGGAGGCCAUCGAGAAGGCCAUGCUUGAGUUGGAGGAUCUUCUAACACUCAACCUGUUUAAUGACACUAUGCGCAAGUAUAGUGGCCUUCUGCUUGGUCAUCCUAACAAGCAAGAAGUACGCCUAGACGCGUUUAGCACAUACGAAUGUGGAUCCCACAUUCAUGCGCCUAGAGUCCCACUUUAUGAGGGCCAAAACGAGGUCGCUCAGUCCGACGGCUUCGUCAAGAACAUAAAUGAUCUGUGUGGAUUUGUCUCUCCAAGGGUUGAACAGAGCCCCGACUCAAGAGCUCAGCGUCGCUGA